AUGGUUCAGAAGCAGAGGAAGAUCCGAUUCGAAGGAACUAGUUCUAGUAGCAUUGUAACUGGUCGUAUAGAUGGAAAACUGAACACUAUGGCGUGGAAAAUCCAUAACUUCCUCCAUCUACGUGGUAAUCAAUUCGUUGGCAGCUUUCUCUUCUCCCACUCUGACAGCGCCUCCUUCUAUUCUUCUCCUCCUGAACGCCACUUCCAAACUUCCUUUGUCUUAUGGUGGCAGAAGGCCCAUGGACUCCCUAUGAUAGAUACAAUUCGUAUUUUCAAUGUUGAAAUACUGAACAGCGGACAUCACCAAAACCGUGUCCUCUCUUCGAAAGCUUCUGUCGAGCCUCCACUAUUCUUAGCAUCCUCAGUUCAUUGUGUUUUUAGAGCAGCCCGCAGACAACUUCUCUCAUGGAGGGGCAUAGAGGGGUCAGACUCGGCUUUCAAGUUGUCGAUUCCAGCCACUAUACCUGUUGUAAAAGACCUCUGUGGCCUAGACAUGGUUGAGAGUUAUUUGCAGUGGACAAUGAGUAGGCAGUGAAGGAAUUCUAUGAGUUAGCUACAUUGAGACGCAGGAGCUGUUAUUGUUCAUAUAAAAAGCCAUCACAGUAACACAAGUAGUCGCGAUUGAACCGUUUCUCCUGCUCUCCACUUUUUACUACGAAACAGAUCGUAAAAGGAUGAGAAUGUACAUUCAAUGGGGGUCAUUGUCGUACUGUUGCCUUUUGACCCUUUU